AGCGCUACUGCAUUCUCGCUCCUUAAAUAUUGAUUGUGGCUGCGGACGACGAGAAUGGCCCCUACCAAGUUUCGAGAACCUCAACCCGUCAAAGUCACAUCCAAACCGACAACUUCCAAGCCCGCUCCCCGCGAUCCGAUUCAGUUGGUAGUCCAGCCUAAAGCUGAGCCCAAGCCACCCAAUGCCACUGAAUCUAAGUGGCCUGCGACAAAGCCUCAACAGGUUUACACUAAGAAGGCACCACAUCGCUCUAGCAAACCUAUCAUUAACUGGUUUCAGCGCAAAUUAUCUGGUACUGUGAAGCCGAGCAGGAUUUCAGAAAACGCGUUUGUACAGGGCAACUCACAGAAGGCUCCAAACGGCAAGAAUGGUACAAGCACGUCUCAUUCCAGGUCGAAUAGUCGUUCGGUAUCUUCUCCGUUGCCACAGCUCACUCCGAGUUCAUCGCAAAGACAGGGAGUAGCUGGGAAUGGCAGUCGAAAUGGUUAUACCACAUCUCAACGAAAGACUAUUUCUCUAAAUGGAGAGGGUGAUUUGGACGUCGGUUUCAUACAUUCAGACGAUGAAGAUCUUGACGCGUCGACUUAUCGCUCAUCACUAGCUCGCGACUCCUUUUGGUCUCCUGCAAGCGCUCUCGAAGCAGAUGAAGAUGCCUCUCUUCGACCUAUCCCCCCCAGCUCACCUCCAUCUCCUUCACUAUCCCACUCCUCUUCUUCGUAUCUAUCCAAUCCUCGCACCUUUAGAAGUAUCGCCGCAAGUACAAAACCAACAACAGUACUAAGCAUUGACCUUGGUCCUGCUGGAGUAGGACACAUAGCACAAGUUCCUAUUACACCGGUAUCCCAAGCUAAUCCUCGUUUUCCUCCCCAUGGACGGACAUCAUCCACUGGAACAAACAGUGGGUUGAUAGGCAGUGGUGCAUCCGUUACCUUCUCUGCUCUCCCGCCCUCUCUUCAAUCAUCCUCUCGCCCACCUUCCUCCCUGAAUUUCAGCUCAUCCACGCCGGUAUCACUAAGCCCGUCAUCUCACAUGCAUGGACUACAAGCCCCUCUGUAUACCGCGUAUCAUCCAAGGAACAAUCCUCGUCCCUCUUCUCCACCCUUGGAUAAUGCUUCUGUUUUAACCCUCGCUUCUUCAGCUUAUGCCAUUCCUGGUCAACGUUUGACAAUGGGAUUUACGGGUUCAACUGCACGGUCGGGACUUAUCGGAGGUGGAGACUCGAUUUCUCAUUUAGAGGGCAGCUUUACCGCAGAUGCAGAAGGCGACGUCAUGAGCCAAUUUGUGCUCGGAGAUGAUGAUCGCCAAGAUGCUGAUGUAGAACGCGACGUAGAUGCCAGCGUGCGUGCUCUUCGUCCACGGAGCUCACGGAGAGGAAGUUGGGAGAGUGAGGUUAGUGGAUGGAGUGCUAGAAUUCUUGGGACAGGGGGCCCCAUAAGCAUGGGCAGCAAGAGCUUGUGGACAACCAAUAGUACCAAGACUGGCGGACCUCGGAGCGUGGAUGAAGAAGAAGUUAACGGUGGCUUGGAAACCUCACUGGAAGAAAAGAGUUCUUCGGACGGACCGGAUCAAGUUGACGUGUCCUCACCUGAGACGCCUGCCACAGGCGACGAAUACGACUCGGCCAAGGAGACAGUGAUUGAUGAAUCCUCCGAAUCUGUUGAUCAUGAUGUUCCUGCUACCCUUGGCCGGGCUUCAGGAUCUACAGCAAUUCGCGUGCUUUCCUUAGCGGAAACCUAAGGCAUGUUCAUGAGCGUAUGCCGGUGGACUCCCAACUGAAUGUUUUCCUCUACCAUUAGAAUACGUGAGAGGUGAUAUCGAUUUCAUUCUUGAUCACUGAGAACUGCCAGGGUCAGAUCCAAUCGGGUGUCACAGCAGCUUUCCUUCUUGCUACUUUAUGUAUGUUCUUCGUUCAUGUUAUACACUGCAGUUACCACUCUCCUUGACGUUAUUCUGAUCAUUGGCAUGCAUAUCACACUCAUUUGCAUAGCUCUGCAUCUCAUUCUUCUUGUCAUCUUGUACAUCAACUUGAAAAUUAUUGUUACACAUUUGCUCGCUGCCCCACGUAGCAACCAUACAAUCUUAUAAGAUAUUUCCGAGUCUUCCACUACACAGUGCACACGGCACAUCCCUGUUGACCGUAGUAUAGCUAGUUCAGAUUAUGACAGGGUUGGUCAUGU